UACGUCUCUUUCAUUUUUCUUCCUGCAUUUCUCGUCGCUGCUCCGAGGUCUCGUCGAUCAAAGAUCAGAGAAUCAUCCGAGCCAAGUUGCGUUCAAUUCUUUUCUCGGACAAAAAAAUAUCGACGAACAUUUCGCUGAAGCAACUUUGAAAUCACAUAGCUUCUCGAUAGCUUCCACGGUAUGGUGAAGCGCGUGAGUUAGUGUGAGGUGCCCGCCAUCUUAAGUUUAUUGUGUACGAUCGGACGCGCACACAUUGUCAUAAGGUGGAGGGAGAAAGGAAUAUGUCAGUCGACGAAGCGGAAUCUAUGUGGAAUCCCGUUGUCGCUGGUUGUCGCUCUGUCGUGAUCGCGUUCGGUGGCGCGGUAUCCGCAACUUGAACGGGACAAAUUUCAAAGAAACCUCGAGGAUUAAUUUCGCGCGGUUAAUUAUUCUCAUCGCGCGAUCAACGAUCUCGUAGGAGACACGAGAGUGCGGAGUGCUAACGACUAAAUUAUCGCGGUGCGGUUGAUCCCGAUAGAAGAAGAAACGCCCGUGUUGUUCUCCGUGGUUAGGGUCUCGUUGGGUCGGUCGCGACGACGAUGCGGGUGUAACGCCAUGCUGAAGUGUGAUUAUAUACGUGGAUUAUUAUGAGAACGAUCGGUAUCGGAGAGAAAUAUCAACGAGUCCACGCUCUAAAAAUGGCCUUCGCAUUCGCGCGCGAUGCGAUAAAUACGUGACCGUAUCGUGCGAGGCUGCGAGAUCCUCUCCACGAUAUCGCCUUAUGAAACUUCAUCCGCGCCCUACGUCGAAGCUAUUCUGAUACAUACAUGAUGCGGUGUUUUUGAAGUAGGUUCGAAGAACGAGAAUCCAACGAGAAGGGAAGAAAGACAAACACGAAUGACCAUGGCUAUGCCAUGGCAUAAAGAAUAUGACACAGGAGCGUCGGAGCUUCCUGGACGAUGUACCGUAAACGAGCUUUGAGAUCCGCGCGAAUUCACGGCUAGCGAGAUCGCCAGAGAAAAAGAAGGUACACGCGGAAGGAUUUUCCAUGCGGCAGAUGUAUUUUAAAUGGAUGGAAACAGAAUCGAUGAUUUUGGAAAUAUGAAGCUCUCGACUAUGCAAGAAAAUGAUGGAAAUGAAGUAAGAAAAUUUUCUGAAAAUCAAGCCUCCAAUGAUGAAAUCAUGAUGGGUGAAGCUGCUAAUAAUAAACAUGGAGAAAAUAGGACUUUAGAAAAAGAGGAGGGUUCUAUGGUAUCCAAUCUUCCUCUCUUAUUUGCUAAUGGAUAUCCCACAUCUCUGGAAAAAAUUACUAUGGUACAACUGGAACGUUUUAUAUUAUUCAUGGUUCAUUGUUCACUGGGACAUGAUACAACAAAAGUUAUUAAUAAACCUGAAUGGUGGCCUCAAGAUGUUAAAUUCUCAAGUCCAUUAACGAGACCUAAGAAAAUCAAUGAUAAUUGGAUGGCAAAUCUAAAGAAAUUGGUUUUCCGGUGUUACACAUAUCACAGGAGUGAAUAUCUGUUACGUUUUUGUUCCUAUUUAGCACAAUACCCUCAUGAGGAAUUAGAAUAUGUUAAUAAUUGGGACUCAACGACUAGUCUGUACCAUAAAAGUACAGGAAAGCUACUAGUGACAUUUCGUAAUGAAAAUAUGCAUUAUGACAGCCCCCGAAGAACAUUGUUAUCUCAUAAUGCAUCUUCAUCGAGCAAUGGAAACAAGACUAAGCAACAGCAAGCUCCCAUGAUGGUUCAGCCACCAUGCGAUGAUAUUUAUCUCUGUGACAAUUGCGAUGCCGAAUUUGUAGGCCUCGCAAAUAUGAAGGAACAUGAAAAAAUAUGUUGCGAACAAGAUCAUGGUGGUGGUAGUGGCUCGCGUUCGUCUACACCAGACUUGCCCAUAGUCGAGCCCGAGCUACAACAGGAUCAAUUUCUAGAAUAUUUUCAGUUACAAUCGAGUAAGACUGAGCAUAAAUCAGCUGAUGCAAAAAACACAAAUACUUCUGAUAACGGUAUAACUAGACGAACAUCUGGACGUGUUAGAAGUUCCCUUAAUUUUACAAGAUGCGCAGCUAUUCCAUUUUCAUCACCUGCUGGCAUAAUGUUAACAAAGAAAUCAAAAGCAAUGACCGAGGAAACGCAACAAGAACGGCUAGAUAGAAUAGAGAGGCAUGUUAUUGCGCCAGUAUUGCGUGAUUCGUGUAGACCAAAAUGGCUGGACACAGAAAUAGAUAACGAUAGAUGGAUAAUAACGUACAAACAAAAUCGGGAUAAACCGAUUGAUCACUAUGUACAUGAAUAUAAAUUCGUGAAUUCUUCUAAAAACAAACCAAUGUUGAGUAUACAAUCACAAUUACUCUAUGCUACAUGUCGACCUAUCUAUGCUGUUCUUACCCGAUUAAGUGAGAAGCAACUUAAUGAUUUGAAAAAGGAUCCUUCAAAAUAUCAGUGUCCUAAGAAAACUAUUAAUGUGCGAAAAGUUUUAUUAACGAGAAGAGCAGGACCAGCUUGCAAAACAAAAUCGAGAAAGGCAACUUGUGUACGAAAUGCAUCUAUAUCUUCAAAACGUAAAGCGCCAUUAGAUGAGCCAAUUGUUGAAAAAGAAAUCCACAUUAAUACAUCAGCAGCUAAAGAAAAAUUAAUUGCGUCCGCUGCUGUAAAAUCAUUUACAGAUAACGCUGAGGCUAUCAAAUUAACUAAAGAGAAAAAAUGUGCAUCACGUACGAUAAUGUUAAUCGACCUCUGUUCAUCCGACGAGGAAGAAAGCAAUCCAAAUAUUCAGAUGCCUUGUGAUGAAAACAGAGAUCCUAGGAAUACCGCAGAAUCUUCGAUUGCGAAAUCUUUCUUACGAAAAUUAUCGCCGAAACAAACUUUACGCGAGACGCUACAUUUACCUUGCACACUUAUCGACAGACUGGUUAUCGAAUAGUGUAGUGAAUGAAAAUAAAAAUAAUAACAAA